CUGACCUAGAACCUCUCGAGAGUUUCUUAAGAAUUCAGAACUGGGGGUAUUAGCCAAGAUGGCGGCAGCCGCAGCGAGUCGAGGAAUCGGGGCAAAGCUGGGCCUGCGUGAGAUUCGCAUCCACUUAUGUCAGCGCUCGCCCGGCAGCCAGGGCGUCAGGGACUUCACUGAGAAACGCUAUGUGGAGCUAAAGAAGGCGAAUCCCGACCUACCCAUCCUAAUCCGCGAAUGCUCCGAUGUGCAGCCCAAGCUCUGGGCCCGCUACGCAUUUGGCCAAGAGAAGAAUGUCCCUUUGAACAACUUCAGUGCUGAUCAGGUAACCAGAGCCCUGGAGAACGUGCUAAAGUGGUAAAGCCUGAAGCCUCCACUGAGGAAUAAGAGCAACAGCCCCAGAGCCUGGCCUCUGCUGGACUUAGUAUAAUGUGAAAAAAAUGUGUUCUCCUAUUCCUCAUAAAACUUGUGCUGUAAAAUACUUUCUCAGGGUGUUCUUGUCCUCAUCUACCCUCUAUCCCUUACUGUAACCACUGAGGCAAAGUAGCUUAAUAUAAAAAUAAAACUUUAUUCUGUCUCA